AUGGGUCCGAUCGCAGUUCUGCUACUUCUUUUGAUCCGCUCGGGUACCGUGGUCUCAUACUGGGAGUAUGAGUCGCUGAACGUAAGUCAGUGGCAAUGGCAAUCUUCCGUCGUCGUUAACAACUGGCUUUAUAUUGAUGGGGGCGAGCUCUAUGCAAUCCAGAAUGACAAUCCCACAUUCUUCUACCUUGGCCAAACGAUAUCAAUUGACUUGACGCAGCCUUGGACAAAUGCGACUGUACAGAACUAUUUAAGAGAGACACAACGACCUGUCACCGAUGGCCACUGGUCGAAAAAGCCGGCUUUGUUCUAUGACCCAUUUAAGAAUGUCGUUAUACAAUGGGGAGGCUGGCCAUACGACAACGACGAUCAGUCAUACGAGUUCGUCUUCACACCAAACGGAAACGGCACCGUAAAUUGGAUCCAGAGUGCAACACCAGUCACAAACACACAAGAUAAAUCUUCGCCAGCAAUCUUCGGCUCGGCAUUCGUUUCUUCAAGCACAUCGUUCUACUCUCUAGGUGGAGUUGUUGCUGAAGAAUCUGCGCCACCUGAGCUGGCCGUUCAAGGUCUGCUCGAGUACAAUUUUGAAGGCAGCAACUGGACGAACAGUUCCUCUGAGAUGGCAACUGCGAACGGUUAUCUUGUAGGUGGGCAAGCAGCCUACACUCCGGGAUCCGAUCAAGGCGGCUUUGGCCAAGCCGGGUACAUCUUUUUUGUUGGUGGCAAUGACCCAGCAAGCCAGUCAUUCGACCCUCAGUCUCCUUCUCUGGUCGACAUGUCAAACAUUACCUUGUACGAUAUUGGGGCGCAGGCAUGGUAUCAGCAGGCAACCACGGGAACAAUUCCUCCACCACGUCAAUUUUUCUGUUCUGUUUCAGCAACCUCUAUCCAAGCCACGUUUGAGAUAUUCAUCUUGGGUGGUUCCACGAAUGAAACAUAUGACCAAGCACUCGCCAACGAUACAGACUAUCUCAGUGUGUACACCUUGUCCAUUCCGGCUUUUCGCUGGUUCAAAUCGACAGCCACAGACCAAGUGAGACGGGCCAAUCAAUGCUGCCAGCUCAUAGGAAACAAGCAGAUGCUGGUAAUCGGAGGUACACAACCUAGUAACCCAUUAGGCAUUGCUGCGGUUGAGCCAUGGCCGAAUGGUUUGGGGAUCUUUGAUAUGUCGAACUUCACCUGGGCGGACAGCUAUGAUCCACAGGCCGCCCCGUACGAGCAACCCGCAGUGGUGAGAGAUUAUUACAGUAAUGAGUACCAAUCUCCAGUUUGGGGCUCAUCGCAAUUGCAAGUUGACUUCGCCUGGGCACCACCUGAUCUUCCUACAGGGACAUACACUGGCUCAUAUCCGUCAACUACUACAUCGCCAGCCCCUACUGCAAGCGCAUCUACCAAGGUCUCUUCCAGCUCAACUCCUAUAGGCCCAAUCGUAGGAGGUGUAGUCGGCGGUGUGUGUGCUCUCCUUCUCGCGCUGAUCCUCGGAGUCCUGGUGUGGAAGAGAAAGAACCCGAAGACAAUGUCAUCACACGAGGUGCAGACCCUCGAAGUCAGUAACAUCACCACCCAAAAAGUCGAGCUACCAACACCACUCAAUUCUCCUGGACUUCGAGCUGGAGUUCCACCAUCCUACACAGAGACGCGGGCCAGCGGCAGGCAGUUGAGGAUGGAAGAGCCAGAGGCACAAGAGCUUGAGGCUACAAGUGUCAGUCGAACUCCUGAGUUGCCUUAA